AUGUCACCCUUGCGAGCCUCAUUGCGUCUGCGCGCACCAGCGCAAGCCCAUCUCCGCUCUAUCCUUACCCAACGUGUCGCCGUUCCCUCUACACGAAAUCUCUCGCGCACCUACGCCACCGCCCCUCAAGAUAGUUCCAAAUCCACAUCACAAGCGCUCGGAGCUUCUCAAGACGCUCAGGAAUUGGCGGCAGAUGCAGCGAACUUGAAAAAGGAGCAGGUGAAGGAGGAAGUUAGAAGUGGCGUUGCUCAGAUCAGAGGAGAAGCUGAGGAAGCUGCACGAGCUGCAGAGAGCAAUGUGCAGAGCGGAUCUGACAAGGUGCAAGCUGUUGUUAAGAAUGCAAAGUCUACGUACGCCGCUGGUCCAUCCUUUGGCGGCAGUGGAGGCAACGGCAGCAGCGGUAGUGGAAGCAGUGUCGUGUCGAAGUUCACAUCUCUGCUAAAGUGGACUCUCAUCAUCCUUGGCGGAUCUUAUGUAGUCGCGUACCACCUCGACAGCAGAUCCGCUAUUCAUCGGUGGGUAGCUAUCCCUGUCCUGCAACUCAUCGCUAGUCCCGAGGAAGCGCAGAAGCUGGCAAUCAAGCUCCUCAGCAUGGGCGUCAUGCCCAGAGAUCUCGGCACAGACGACGAAGUUCUGAAAGUCGAGGUGAGUCGCUUGCAUGCGUCCUUCAUUGGCCCAUGGCUGCUCGCGGGAGCCUGUCGGCGCGCGUGCUGAUCGCCCACUUCCUUCUCUCACCAGCUCUUUGGAAAGCAAUUGUCGAACCCGAUAGGUUUGGCUGCGGGCUUUGACAAGCAAGGAGAAGCGAUUGACGGCCUGUUAAACUUGGGGUGGGGAAUGGUGGAGAUCGGAUCCGUUACGCCUCUUGCUCAACCCGGCAAUGACUUGCCUCGCUACUUCAGAUUGGAAAACGAUCGGGCAGCAAUCAAUCGCUUCGGAUUCAAUUCGGACGGUCAUGAUGCUGUCUUGCACAGGUUGAGGGAGCGAUUAAGCAGGUGGCUGCAUUCGAGCGGAACCAUCAACGAUGUGAGAGUCCCCAUCACCUCCGGACAAGCGGCGGAUGAGAUUCUUGCUAGGAACCCCGACAUCGGACCGGCCUUGCUUGACGCUUCUGGGCUUCCGCGAAGCACCAAGCCAGGUCAGUUGCUCGGUAUCAACCUUGGAAAGAACAAGUCUUCUGCGGCUGAAGAUGUGUCGGACUACGAGGUCGGUGUGCAAAGUCUGGGCAGGUACGCUGAUUUUCUCGUCAUCAACAUCUCAUCUCCCAACACUCCGGGACUGAGGGCUUUGCAGAGGUAUCAGACUUUGACAAGGUUGCUGUCAGCGGUAGUCAAAGCUAGAGACGACUUGCCGACUCCCAGGGCGCCCCUUCUCGUCAAGAUUGCGCCCGACCUUUCCACUCAAGAGCUGCACGAUGUAGCCGACGCUGCGCUCAGCGCCAAGAUUGACGGGCUGAUCAUUUCCAACACGACGGUUUCGCGACCGGAGACGCUCAAGAGCGCACCGCACCUGAUCGAAGAGACUGGAGGUCUUUCGGGACCACCUCUGAAACCCUUGGCUCUGAGAGCCCUGCAAAUCGUGAGGGAGAGGGCGGGAGACAAGCUACCGCUGGUUGGGUGCGGAGGCAUCUCGUCCGGCGCUGAUGCGCUCGAUUUUGCCAGAGCGGGAGCGAGCGCUGUGGAGCUGUACACGUCUUUUGGCUAUGAAGGAGUCGGUCAUCCCAGGCGCAUCAAGGACGAAUUGACCUCGUUGCUCAAGGCUCAAAACACAACCUGGGCAAAAUCCAUUGGCGCUGGUCUGCCUUCGCGAGAAGAUGCGCAGGGCAAAUUGCCGAGUGGGGAAAAGGAAAUACAAGUCGUGGGAGGGGCGGCACAGCGGUUGGACAGUGUGAGAGCUGGCAUCAAGGGCGAAUUGGAAGGUUUGAGAAAGGCUUUGGGAGGAUCCGCAAUGCGGGAAACGAGAGCGGCGGCUUUCAGACCCGACCCGAAAGAUUCGGCAUACGUGUCGCUGCUGGACAGGGUACAUGCCGUCUUGGGCACGGACUACCCAUCGCACGAAGCCGACAGCGCCGGAGACAUUUUGAACGCAUCGCAAGAGAGUCUCAGCUCUUCAAGCACGAUUGAGGCCCUCAAGGGUGCUUCCAGGGCUUCGACACAACAGACGACGAGAGCUCAGCAAUUGCAAAAAGACUUGGAGGAAGCGUUGUUGGAUGCUUCCUUUAUCAGUGCAGGACUGCCCAGCGCGGACAAGUACAGCAUCAGACCUCGCAGCAGGAUCACGACGCGAAGAGAUGAGCAUGUUGACGCAGGAGCUGGGCGCACAUCGGUUGUGGGAGAAGGCUUGGCGAAGAAAGUGAGCGAGGAGGUGGAGUGUGUGAAAGGAGAAGUGGAGAAGGGAUGGAAAGAGGCCAAGGCGACCUUGCGUGCGUCUACCCCCACCCAGCUCGAGGGUGAUGCGAAAAGCUGGAAAGAGGCCGAUACGAGACGUCGGGUCUGA